AUCAAUGUACAGCGGGAGUGAAGAACCCCUUUCCUAUGCUCAUAUCAAUCGAUCUUCGUCAUUCGUCUCUCUGCGAACUCCGCGCUUAAGCCUCAUUUCUCGCUUUCAGACGCCGAUUUAAGAGAUGUUGCAAUGCAUAUUUCUGCUAUCCGAUUCAGGAGAGAUUAUGCUGGAGAAACAGCUCACUGGCCAUCGUGUCGACCGAUCUAUUUGUGCUUGGUUCUGGGAGCAAUCCGUAUCUCAAGGUGAUUCCUUCAAGCUGCAGCCGGUGAUUGCUUCUCCGACACAUUAUCUUUUCCAAGUUGUUCGUGAGGGAAUCACUUUCUUGGCCUGCACCCAAGUUGAAAUGCCCCCUUUAAUGGGGAUUGAGUUCCUCUGCAGAGUGGCGGAUGUUCUCACAGAUUAUCUUGGGGAGUUGAAUGAAGAUUUGGUAAAGGAUAACUUUGUCAUUGUAUAUGAGCUUCUGGAUGAGAUGAUAGACAAUGGCUUCCCCCUCACUACAGAACCUAAUAUCCUGAGAGAAAUCAUAGCUCCACCGAACCUUGUCAGCAAAGUUUUGAGUGUCGUGACUGGUAACAGUUCGAAUGUGAGCGACACCAUUCCAGGUGCAAUUGCAUCUCAUGUUCCAUGGAGAACAACAGAUCCAAAAUAUGCUAAAAAUGAAGUUAAUGUUGAUCUUGUGGAGGAGAUGGACGCAAUUCUAAACAGGGAUGGCCACCUGGUCAAGUGUGAAAUUUAUGGUGAAAUUCAAGUAAAUUCUCAUCUAUCUGGUCUUCCUGAUUUGACACUCUCAUUUACAAACCCUUCCAUUCUUGAUGAUGUGAGAUUCCAUCCCUGUGUUCGGUUUCGCCCAUGGGAAUCACAUCAGAUCCUAUCAUUUGUGCCUCCUGAUGGGCAGUUUAAGCUCAUGAGUUACAGGGUUAGAAAGUUGAAGAAUACUCCUGUAUAUGUAAAGCCUCAGUUUACAUCAGAUGCUGGGAUGUGCCGGGUCAGUGUGUUAGUAGGAAUUCGACAUGAUCCUGGAAAGCCGAUUGACUCAAUCGAUGUGCAGUUUCAGUUGCCCUCGUGCGUUUUAUCAGCUGACCUUACUUCAAAUUAUGGAACAGUGAACAUCCUAUCUAAUAAGAUGUGUUCUUGGACAAUUGGAAAGAUGCCAAAAGAUAAAACCCCUUCAAUGUCUGGAACAUUAACACUCGAGACAGGAUUACAACAGCUUCAUAUAUUUCCAACAUUUCAAGUACGUUUUAAGAUCAUGGGUUUAGUUCUCUCUGCCCUGCAAGUAGAUAAACUCGACGUGAAGAACUUGCCAAAUCAUCCUUACAAAGGCUUUCGAGCUCUAACACGAGCUGGGAAGUUCGAAGUAAGGUCGUAAGCUAUAACGGUACUCUACCCAAUUGUGAAGUUGUGAGCACAAUCUUUGGUUCAAUGUUAAAUUACUGUAAAAUCCAGUAGUGAUUUGAUGAUAGAAAGUACAAUAUUUCAGCUAUUGUAUCUGAAAACAAGCCCUCCUCUUGUGCUUCAUUUCAUGCAUUCACUUUGUUGACUCUGAAA